GUAAGACAGUGCUGUGUUGACGAAUGAAUGAAAACGGGUUUAAAAAUACAAAUUAAUGAAAACCCUUAGUAAAUAUAAUUUAAAAUCUUCAAGCCAUCUUCGAUUAGAGCCCCUAUAAAUUAAUAAGUGCUGUGAAUGUACAAAUGUCAGUGAAACAAAAUGUAUUUUCCGAUUGGUUGGCCAAAAGUUUUGAAGAACCUAACUGAUGAUAAUCAAAUUAUUAAACAGAUCGUGUCAAAUAGAGACAAAGUACUGUUCGCAGUGCUUACGGAUGACUGUCUCAUGGUAUGGUUUUGUAAGCCGACUCUACCAAUAGUUUACCACAAAAGAAGUACAGAAUCAUUGCAAAGACUUGGUGUUAAUGUUGGUGUCGAAUGGAAACCAGAUUCAUCUAUGAUAUGUAUUUCAACAUCAGAAGGCCACCUUAUUCUCUAUAACGUAGAAACGCUCAGUGAUCAAACAGCAUACCAGCAGUUUGAUCCUCCAACAGCAAGUCUCCGACGAGACUCAGCUGAGCUUUUUGUUAAGGAAGUAAUACCAUCACUUAAAAUAUCAUUGUUCAAAGAAAUCUUAGUAUGGGAUGGUCAGAUCACCCGAAUGUGUUGUAUAUCUGGUACAGAAAUCCUAGUUUGUACUACACGAGCACAUCUGUUAAGGUACAGAUGGGACGGUACACAGAACCGCGAUUACUGUUUGGACUUGGGCCGUAUACCAUUCUCUAUAAAUCAACAGGUUUCUAAAGCCGAACCGAUAAUCGAGGAUAACACCCACGUGAAUGACAUAGAGUACUCUCCUCUUGUCUGCGGCUUUGGUAUAACACUCAAUGAUGGCCGGGCAGCGUAUCUCACCGCUCCCAACCUCAAGUUCGAUCCUAAUGCAGUCCAGGGUAUUUGGGCCCAGGGUAUCGAUGAUGCGACGUGCACUAGAGUCAAUCACAAGUUUAGGCUCAUCGCCAUCGGAAGACGGAAUUCUCAAGUGGAGGUGUUCACGAUAGACGAGGCGACUGGCGGACUGGAGCUGUCGCACACGAUGGUGCUCAGCUCCAAGGACUUUCCCGGCGACCCCGGACCAGUCAAAUGUAUCAGGUGGACAGCAGACGGUCGCACCGUGGCAGUGAGCUGGUCUCGCGGCGGCGUGUCGGCGUGGAGCACGUUCGGGGCGCUGCUGAUGUGCUCCCUGGCCUGGGACUACGGGCUCAGCCAGGACCUCGGCAGGCACGACCCCCUGCUCGUCACCAGUAUGGAAUGGGCCACGGAGGGCUACCAGCUGUGGAUGGUGAAAGUGGAGAACGAUUCCAGAACGAAUCUCAUACAGUUGGACUUCGUGAAGAGUCCGCUAAGCGUCAACCCGUGCAUGAGCAACCAGCGCCACCUGUACCUGCAAGCCGACGACAAACUCUACAUAAACAUAGAGGACAAUCUCACGAAGCGAACCAAGAUCCCGAUAAUCGACUCCUCGGCGGACUCGUACCAGACGGAGAACGGGUACCAGGAACCCGCGGCCCUGGACUACGAGCCCCCCAGCAACUACAAGGAGUUCGUCGACGACAACGAGUGCAGGAAGCAGUGGAUCGUGCUGCCGCUUCCUGCCACUUACAUAGCCACCAACUGGCCUCUGCGGUACAGCGCGCUGGAGGGGGGCGGCGCGCACGUGUGCGUGGCGGGGCGCGCGGGGCUGGCGCACUACAGCCGCGCCGCGCGCCGCUGGAAGCUGUUCGGGAACGAGGCGCACGAGAAGGGCUUCCUCGUCACCGGCGGCAUGCUGUGGUGGAGGGACCGCAUCGUCGUCGGCUGCUACAACGACCUGGACGGCCACGACGAGGUCCGCUUCUACCCUCGCGAGUGCCGCCUCGACAACAAGUUCGCGAAGAUAGUCCGCGUGCAGGCGCAGGUCUUCGCCCUGGACAUGCUCGACGACCAGCUGGUGGUCUUCGGGGCGGACGCACUCGUCACUAUAUACGAGCUGACGUGUGCAGAUAGUGCCGGCGACAUUGACAUGCGCUGCGUGCAGGCGGUGGACGUGUCGGCGCUGUCGCACCCGGCGUGCGUGGUGUCGGCGGCGCUGUGCCGGCUGCAGCACCCCCAGCAGCACCGCGCGCGCAGCCCCGCCGCGCCGGACUCGCUGGUCAUAAACGCGAGCGGCAGACUCAUGAUGGUGCAGAGAGAAGAGUACGACGUCGACGAAGACAACAAUCCGGCGUACAGCUGUCUGCCGGCAACGGUGCUGGCUUCUUGCGUGGAGAGCGUCUGGUCGUGCGACAGCGGCGCGUCGGCAACGCAACUGUCGCGGGCCUUGUGGCUGUGGUGCGGCAGUCUCGGAGCCAGGGUGUGGCUGCCGCUGCUGCCCCGCGACGCGACGCGGCACCCGGACUCCGGAAGGCACACGUUCAUGGCGAAGCGGAUCAUGCUGCCGUUCCAUUUGAAUAUAUAUCCUCUCACUAUACUGUUUGAUGAUGCGAUCCUAUUGGGUGCAGAGAACGACACUACACUGUACGCAUCGGAUUCGAAUUCUGUAUUCUCCCUGCCGUUUUGCGUGGUCAACAGGACUAGCCAAGUCUACCUUCAUCAAAUUCUAAGGCAGCUGUUAAGAAGGAACCUUGGCUACCACGCCUGGGAGAUAGCUCGGUCCUGCUCUCAGCUGGCUUACUUCCCGCACUCCUUAGAGCUACUCCUCCACGAGGUCCUGGAAGAGGAGGCGACCAGUAAAGAACCGAUACCCGACGCUCAGCUGCCCAGCAUCAUAGAGUUUGUGCAGGAGUUUCCUGUCUAUUUAGAAACAGUAGUACAGUGCGCGCGGAAGACAGAGAUAGCGCUAUGGGCAUAUUUGUUUUCGGCAGCAGGGAAACCCAAGGAGCUGUUCCAGCAAUGUCUGCAGAGGAAAAUGUUGGACACCGCCGCCUCCUAUCUUAUAAUAUUACAAAAUCUAGAGAGUUCGACAGUGAGCAGACAACUGGCCACGCAGCUGUUGGACACCGCCCUGCAGCAGGAGAGGUGGGACCUCGCCAGAGAUCUAGUCAGAUUCCUCCGUGCCAUAGAUCCCAACGAUGUGGAGUCGCCCCGCAACUCCGUGAACGUGCAAGCCAAGUACGGGCAGGUCGCGCAGUCGCAGGCCGUCAGCCCCAACGCCGAGGACCUCUCCGUCAUACUGGGGACCAUGCAGCUGGCAGGCGGGCGGGGCCGCAGCUUCAGUACGACGGUGUCGCCCCGGGAGCCCUCGCCCCCCGCGCCCGCCGCGCCCGCGCCCCCGCCGCCGCCCCCCGCGCGCGCCACCGCCGCCGUCAAGCGGAAGAAGUCCGUGCCCGCGAGGAGUGAGAGGGAAUCGUACAACGGUACCGCCGAAGAAUUCUUCAUAGACAUGAUGAUACAGAGGCACGCGCGACAGCUGCUCAUCCGGGGGAGGCUGGCGUCGCUGGGCAGGCUGGCGGCGUCGCUGGACCUGCCGCUGGUGGGCUGGCUGGCGGCGGAGAGGGAGCGCGCGGCCCGGAUGGACUGCGCCGUGCUGUGCCUGCGCAGGGUGCACAAGGACUUCUCGUGGCCCUACCCCGUGCGGGAUGACGACGAGCCCAGCAGGAAGCUCAGCUUGUUGCCCGUGGACUCGCACAGCCCGGCGCCGGACGCGGAGAGCGCGUGCGGGGACAGCGGGUACGUGAGCCUGCCGCUGCGCACGCAGCCGCCCGGGCCCGUCAGCUCGGUGGGCGAGGGCAGCGUGGCGGAGGGCGGCGGCGUGUCGUGGGGCGACGCGCCCGAGCGCGAGGAGCGUCGUUACGCCGCGCUCAUGGAGCGGCUGCACACGCACCAGGCGCGCAAGGGCGACCACGUGCCGCACGUGCAGCUAAGGUACUUCCUGCAGCUGAUGACGGAGGCGUGCUGCGUGGAGUGGGCGCUGGUGGUGGCGGUGGUGCUGCGGGACGCGCUGGCCGUGCUGCGGACCACCAACGCGGCGCGCUCCGCCGACGUCACCGUGGACGCCGUGCGCAGGCUGCGCCGCGCGCUGCACGACCUCUGCGCCUGGGCAGAGUCCGAGUGUCAGGGCUACCGUCCCUUCAUGUCGGCGAUCAGCAACCAAAUACCGUUCUUAACGUCGAUCAUCAACGCUCGCGAGCGCCGCACCUCGAUGGUGAAGACCCGCGUCCGGACCCCCAGCACCGGCUCCCUCAACCAGGACCCGAAGCCGAAACCGCAGCCGGUCAUUGAACCGAAACUGCCGCAACCUCAGAAGGUUCAGGAGGUGAAGCGGAAGGAGUCUUCGGUUGCGGCCGUCGAGGUGUCGGAGGUGGUGAGCAGGCCGCUGAGAACGAACGCGCCAUCGCGGGACGAAGUAUCCACCGGUUGUGCCAUUACGUAGACAGAUACACGACUGACGUUUCCAGCAACACCAGCCUUCACAGUAGCAUCCGUGGUUUUUGUUCGAAACAUUGAACAACAUUUAAAUUAUGAGCAUAGAUAGAUCGUUUGUAGAAUUAAUUAAUGGUGAUUUUUAUUUCUGUCGCAUCUCUCAACUAUUGAUAAUAAAUGUCCUUUUUUUUCGGGAUUCGUUCAAAUUCUAAAUCGCCAAGUCAUUUUAGAUCAAAGUCCCUAAUGUCUAACGUCAAUGUCAACCACGCAACUGUCAGCAUGACAGUUGACAUAUACACACGUUCGCGUUUCUAUCGGACACGGUAAUUCCCAGAAUGCAAAUGGAAAUAUGGGAUCCGUUGUCCCUAUAACUGGUACAUGGAGGUACUAAGGAAAUUAACACAGAACUGAGACAAUCGCGACCCGUAUUAGUUGAUGAAAUAUAUAUAUUUCAGUGAGAUCGAUGAACAAAAAGUUGUGAGAGUUUACCGGAUCACUACAAUAUUAUAAACAUUAUUAAUCAAAGUGUUCUUACAACCAUUUACUCGUUUUACGAGCUCUCAAUAUUUCCGAUUGUUCUUCUCUGUAAUGGUGGAUAGCCGUGAAAUUUUAAACAAUUAUGUACGGUAUGUUUGUAUCCCGAAAAAAAAUCUAUUAUUAUUUCCCGUUGAAGUUAGACAGUAUGGGCUUGGUCUAGAAGCAUAUAUAAAUUGAAAACAACUUAGAUCACACUAUAGAUCGUUUUUAUGCGUCGAUACGCGCUCGACGGCAUCUAGACAUGUCGCAGGCGGCUACUACAUGGAACUACAAUGAAAAGUCAUUGGCUCCGUAGAGAAUUCGGAAACAGGCUGGUUCAUUUCAUAACCUUACUUAAUGUGAAAAUAGUACUUAACAAGGAAAAGCAAUAAAUGAUUAAUAUUAAGGAGAAUGUUUGCUCAUGUUUGUAUUUUUUUUUUUGCUCAGUGCAUUAUUAACACGUGUAAUUUCAGCUGUUUUUUUUUUGUAAAUAUCUAUCGUUUUCUAUUAAGCUGAAUACGUAUUUAAAUAAAUACAUGUGAAUGCUUACCUUAAAAAGCUACUAUAAAAUUUAAGUUUUCUUCUAAAUUUAUUCACUCUAUAUUUAUUAAACGAACAUAAUACUUUAUUACAUAUACUAAAAGAAAACUACAAAAUAAUGUUUAUUUAUUUAGACACAUCAACAGCAAUACACACAAAACAUUCAAGUUUAAAAUUAACAUGUAUAUAAUUAAGCACUGGUAUUUAAGCCAGUUACAGGAAUGUACAGCAAACUCUUAUAACACACUAUGACAUGUUACAGCAAUUUUACAAACAGCGGAAAAAUAGGCUAAAUUUAAAUGUUAACAGUACGAUAAAAAAACGAUAUUUGAAAAUAACAUGAAAACAAGAGUUAAUGUUUGUGAACACGGUCUCCGAUACUGCUUUAGCCCACUGAGUUCUCGCCGGAUCUUCUUAGUGGGUCACGCUUCCGAUUCGGUGGUAGAUUCUGCGAAGCACUACUCUUGCUAGGACUAGUGUUAGCAAAUUCUCUCAGGUUGAGCCUGUGAGCUCACCUACCCGUCGGCGCGUAUCUAGAAUAGCCUGUUAAGCUACCAGCGAAUAGGUAGAGAAUGCUGCUUGGAAAAUCGUUUUUAAAUAUGUAUUCAGCUUAAACUCUCCCACCACAUUGGUGCCAGUUUAAAAAACAAAACAGAAACAUUUUAAAAACAUAUUAAACCGUUUAGUACAAAAUGUAGUAAUUUUCACUGUGCCCAUAAAUAAUAUUUAUUUUAAUUCGUUUUUGUUUACUGAUAUUAUUAUUGUGAACCUUAGAAUUUAAGAUUUAUUAUUCGACAUUCCAACAACAUUUGUUGAUAGUAAAUAAAAAUAAAUUUAUCAAUACAUAACUUUUAAUGUGUAAAUAAAUAAAAUUCGUAAACCUGUUUUGAGUUUUGAUUUUCAAACGCAAUAGCUACAUAUUAUCGGCAAUCGUAAAAGUAAAAAUGACAAUUAAAUGUCAAAGAAACGUCACAUCCAACUAUUUUGGUUUUUAACGAUUGAUGCACGGGUUUUUUUUUAAAAUUAAUUCUACUAUUUCAAAAUUGUGCCUCCCUCCCGUCAUCUUGUUGUAUUCGUAAAUGUAAUUCAAAAUGUAAGUGUAAUUCACUAAGUAUAAAACAAUAUACCCUUCAAUGGAACCGUGGAAUAAUUUUCGUAUUUUUGUAUCGCUUGUGCUCUAAAACUUGUCCGGCUUCUUGUUCGUGUUAUAACUAUCUACUUAAGUUCCUAAUGGAUUUUAUAGAAGGAGAACCCGGUAGACAAUUAUGUAAAUUCAACGAUUACAAAGAAAAUUUAAAUGUAAUUGAAGUACACAAAACCGAAUAUUAUUAAACUGGAAUAACAUCGUUAAUUAAAUCAUCGCAAUAUGUACAAGCUUUUUCUUUGCUGCUAUGAAAGCGAUCGCGAUAGCUAUAGCGUUUGAAAAUUAAAGCAACUUUUUUUAUAUAAUGGUGAUGCAUCUAAAUGGUUGUUGAAUUAUUAUUUCGAUUGUUAGGUAAAUUAAGAUAAUCAGACUAAUCGUUUGUAAGGUCCAUGAUAUUUUAGUGAAUAUUGAAUUGUAACGCUUUGUCGGAGAUCAGUUUUGAUUAAACGUUGCCUGCUUGAAUUUCGGCACUUGUCGCGAAAUGAAAAUUAGUUUUUAAUUUUUUUAUGAAAGUAAGUGUACACCGCUGACAGUCAUUCGAGUGAAAUUUCGCUAAAGUUUAAAAACGCGGAAGUGAAACAUUUGAGAAAGAACCUACAAAAAAGUCUGCUGACUUGUUAAGUCUGUAUACUCGCCACAACUUGACAAGCUUCGCACAGUCGCGAUAAUCAGCAGAUCGUCAGUACACAUUAGUGUGCUUAGUGCGAGUUUUUUAACGUUCCCGAUGGCGUAAAAGUUAUAAUAACUCAAAUUUGCAUGCAGUUGAAACAGCGCCCCUAGCGGCAAACGUAGGAAAACGUUCCAACUCCAUACAAUUUUGAGUUAACUUUUACGCUAUCGAGAACGUUAAUUAACUCGCACUCGCCACUCAACAAGUUAGAUCCGACAAGCGUUCCAUUAAGUUUAGUUAAGGUAACAGAUCAUGUCACAGUGUCCGGUGCUAAUAAAUUUAAUAAGUUUUUAACUGUAACGUUUAAAAUGAGUGCAGACUUCUUUGUCUCUUCAAUGUUUUCGCUGAAAGGAUUUCUAAUUAGAUAAACAAAUGAAACUAGUUUUAUAACUAGUAAGUUAAGUAAGCGUUGUUUUCUAUUUACAGUUAACAGCGUGAACAGAAUUUUUCAAGAAAUGCGGGUACAUUUUAUUUUAUCGAAAUUUUAACACGUACUUGUCAGAUUUAUCGGUUGUAUAAUUACUCGCCUCAUUUCAUUUUCAGACGUCCGAUCAUUUUAAAUUGAAAACACGUAUAGAGAGAACCGAUGCAAUAAUUCUAUUAAUUUUGAAUGUGGUAGGUAUUUAAUGAGGUUUUUUUUACUAUAGAUUAUACUACAUUGGGAGUAUGGAAUUAGUAUGGUGACCAGACAUUAUGUCUUGCAAUAGUAAAUGUUUAUUAUACAAUUAAAAAGCUUAUUAGAAGAAAUAAGUCAUAGAUUUCACGCCCGGAACUUUUACAAAAUUAUACACUACGUUAGUCCAUUUGGAAUAUGCAUACAUAACUGGAAUCCGUGGACUGGAAUGGAAUUCGUGACUCAAAAAUGGUAAUUGUAAUAACAUCGAACUGUAAACGGAGUUAUUUAAAUGAACAAAUAAUGCUAUGAGAUUUAAUACCUAUCUUCUGGUAUACAAUAGUCAAUGUUGGUCGCAAAUAACACGAAACUAUUGUUUUGUACUAUCCAGUUUUAAAAAUACUCACUAAAUAAUACAUUUCCUACCGCGCGAUGUAUGUAUAUAGAAUUACAAAACAAAAAUCAUCUAAAACUAAAAUAGAAAAUGAAAUUUUGUAGUUGUCCUAAAUUUAUUCGUAUUAAUUUUGUUCGGGCAAUGUUUUAUGAUUAUUGUUGCGAGCAAUUCAAAAAGACAUAUCAUGACAAUGCAAUAAUCGCGCGCAAGUAAUUUUCCUAUUAAUGUAUUCCAAAAUAAGCUUACCGUUAGCGAUACCGGAACGUUGACUAGGUUCAGUGUUUAUUUAUAAAAUUUACUAUUGUUCUAAUGUAAUUAACUUUAUCAGUUGCGAUGAGGCACAGAAGUAGUCUAUUCAAACAGUCCAAAAACAGUCUGCACUCAUUUUGACACGUAACUAACCUACAUUCUCAAUUUUGAACUUAAAAUGUUGUAUUGUUAUAAUUUUGUAAGAUAUUAACUUUUAAUAUACCUUAAUAAAAUAUACUGA